ACGUGCGUGUUGGGAGAAGGCCCGAAUCAUAUACUCCUAUAUUCUAACACAAGCAUUCAAAUCUUAACACCAAUUUUGUCUGUGAAAUACUAACAGCAGACACUUGAAACGAUAAUUUCCAAUAGAUUUACAUUGUAUUUAAAUAUGUCAUAUGUGAUCAAUCACGAAAACACUUGAGGCUGAACCUGAUUGCUGUCUGCGCUCUAAGCUGAACAUGGUGUUUCUAAUGCACCUCUUUAAACAGAAACAACAAAACCAACAAAUUUCUUGAUGAUUCUGCAGAAGGAUAUAGAAUUUACAUGAAUACUUUUAAGGUUUGUUGGUUUUUAUGUCAUGGAAGAUAAAUAAUUGGAUGAUAUUUGAAACAUGGACUGCUCUUUGCUACUCUGCUACUCUGCGUUGUGUGGUUGAUCAAAUCCUUUGUCCAAAAAACUGAAGUGCAAUGAUGCUAGUUAAGAGAAUCCAAAAUCUGGAACUGCUACUAUCCAAUACAUUAUAUGAGAUUAUUACAGUUUCAUAGUAUUAUAAAAUCUUCAAGUUGGAACUUAGGACGCUCAGUUCAUGUUUAACGAUCACACGGACAAUUUCAUACAAUUCCUUUUCACGUAAUUUGCAGAUGAUUCAAUUAUUGACAUGAUUACAUAAACAACUCAUGUACGGCUCCUUUUUACCUAACUUGUAUAUGAUUCAAUUAGUGACACGAUUACAUAAAUGAAUCAUUUAUGACUUUUAAAUUUCAUUUAUAUGCACUUUUUUAAAAUUUAUACCGUACUUAUUUCGUUUAGAUCUUACAUGAGUAAACCAUCCGUAGUAACAAAAAAUAUAAACCUACGAUCAGUAAAGAUAUAUGUUAAGGAAAACUUAUAUUGAACGAACAAUUGUUUUAUUAUAAUUAUUAAACAGGCUUACAAAUAGAUCAUCUCUUUUUAUAUAUUUGUUCUUUUUCAAUUUUUAAAAAUAAUAAGGCAUGCAAAUUUGGACAAAUAGAUACUUGUCCACCCUGCAACCAAACAAACAAAAGGAUUGCACUUUAUAUAACAUAAGUACAGUUGUUGAAAGGCAAUUUUCCUUUUUGCAAGACAGAGCUUGUAUAUAUUACAUGUUACCAACCGACUCUUUUGUGUAGUAGCUCCAUUUUCAAGCUUCCAAUAGCAGCAGUUAUGGUGUGGUUUCAGCAUUAUCUAUUGCUCUCUCUUGUUAUUUUCUCAUAUCUCUCCAUUCAUCACACUGCCAAAUGUGAUGAUGAGGAAGAGAGUCUUCUUCUAGGUAUCAACAGCUAUAGGGCUACGUUAAAGUUGCCAACACUAACUGACAAUGACAAGGCCGAGUGCCUUGCAGAGGAAAUUGCAGAGCAGUUUAAGAAUACGCCAUGUUCAAACACCACUGGAGCCAACACAGUACCUGGAACUGAGCCUCAAUUUUCAGACUUCCCAGCCCUUCUAAACAAAUGCAAGUUGAAUGUCACCACUACAAGGGAUGGCACCAUCAUGCCUGCUUGUGUUCCUAACCUUGUUCAGGAUGUCGUGCUCUCCAACUAUACACAGUCUCAGUAUGCUGCCUUUCUAAAUGAUACUAAAUACACUGGAAUUGGGAUUGGCUCCGAUGAGGACUGGAUCGUUGUCAUCUUGACCACAGGAACACCAACUGGGAAUUUUGCUACUGGUUCCUCGGUUCCUGAUAACUUUGCAGCCAAGCUGAGUCCAAUUCAACCAAUGCUAUGCAUAGUAAUAGGAAUCUUCUACCUUAUUGGUGCAUACUAAGGGAGUGGAGUUCUGAAGUGUUCCAGUAGAGGCCAGAAAACCAACUAUUGCUGAAAUCUAAUGGUCUUUAUGGUGAUAUACGUUUCCAGAUGCGGCUGAAUAAGUCAUUUAGCAGGAUAAGGCUAUCGCGGCGAUAUGAACUCAGAGCUCUUUGUCUGCCUCGUAGUGCCACCAACCCGAAAGCAGCAGAAUUCCAUACGGAGUUGUUUCUUGUUUUGUGGUUCCUCUUUCUUGAAUACAUUUGAUGUCUGGCCUGACAUAUUUUUAAUGUAUAGUAUAUACAUCUCUUUCUCUAAUCAUAUCUUCAUACUU